AAACAGCUGUGAACAUUGGCUACUCCUGCAAGAUGCUGACAGAUGACAUGACGGAGGUGUUCGUGGUCACAGGCCACACUGUGCUGGAGGUGCGAGAGGAGCUCAGGAAAGCCCGAGAGAAAAUGAUGGAUGCAUCGCGCUCUGUGGGCAAUGGCUUCUCCUCCAAGGAGAAACUCUCUUCCUCCAAGCUCACUUCUGUGCUGGAAGCCAUUGCAGGCGAAUACGCCCUGGUCAUCAAUGGGCACAGCCUGGCCCACGCGCUGGAGGCAGACAUGGAGGUGGAAUUCCUGGAGACAGCGUGUGCCUGCAAGGCUGUUAUAUGCUGCCGUGUCACACCCUUGCAGAAAGCCCAGGUGGUGGAGCUGGUGAAGAAGUACAAGAAAGGUGUGACCUUGGCCAUUGGUGAUGGGGCCAAUGACGUCAACAUGAUCAAGACUGCCCAUAUUGGGGUGGGCAUCAGCGGGCAGGAGGGCAUCCAGGCCGUGCUGGCCUCUGACUACUCCUUCUCCCAGUUCAAGUUCCUGCAGCGCCUUCUCCUGGUGCACGGGCGCUGGUCCUACCUGCGCAUGUGCAAGUUCCUUUGCUACUUCUUCUACAAGAACUUCGCCUUCACCAUGGUCCACUUCUGGUUUGGCUUCUUCUGCGGCUUCUCGGCACAGACCGUGUACGACCAGUACUUCAUCACACUGUACAACAUUGUCUACACGUCGCUGCCCGUGCUUGCCAUGGGUGUCUUUGACCAGGAUGUGCCAGAGCAGCGGAGCAUGGAGUACCCCAAGCUCUACGAGCCUGGGCAGCUGAACCUCCUCUUCAACAAGCGGGAGUUCUUCAUCUGCAUCGCCCAGGGCAUCUACACAUCCGUCCUCAUGUUCUUCAUCCCCUACGGCGUCUUCGCUGAUGCCACCCGUGACGACGGUGCCCAGCUGGCUGACUACCAGUCCUUUGCUGUCACCGUUGCCACCUCCCUUGUGAUUGUUGUCAGUGUGCAGAUUGGGCUGGACACGGGAUUCUGGACAGCCAUCAACCACUUCUUCAUCUGGGGUAGCCUGGCCGCCUACUUCGCCAUCCUCUUCACCAUGCACAGUGACGGCCUCUUCCGAAUGUUCCCCAACCAGUUCCGCUUCGUGGGCAACGCACAGAACACGCUAGCCCAACCCACAGUCUGGCUGACCAUCGCCCUCACCACUGUGGUCUGCAUCAUGCCUGUUGUGGCCUUUCGCUUCCUCAAGCUGGACCUGAAACCUGAACUCUCGGACACGGUGCGCUACACUCAGCUGGUUCGGAAGAAGCAGAAGACGCAGCACCGGUGCGUGCGGCGCACAGGGCGUGUGGGCUCACGCCGCUCCGGCUACGCCUUCUCCCACCAGGAGGGAUUCGGAGAGCUAAUCAUGUCUGGCAAGAACAUGCGGCUCAGCUCCUUGGCACUCUCUAGCUUUGCCUCCCGCCCCAGCACCAGCUGGAUCGAGACCCUGUGGAAGAAGAAGGGCAGUGAGGGCAGCGGUGCCGGCAGUCCCAGUGGCACAGCUGACAAGACCCUCAAGGUGUGAGGGUGGAGGGUCACAUCCCCUCCAGUGCAGCCGGGGCCCCCUUUCCUCUCCCCCUGACUCUGGGGAGGGCAAAGCCCUUUGUGGAGAGGGUCCCAUGGUCAUGUGGUCAUGUCCCACAGGUCAUGUGGGCAUCAAUGCUGAGGUUUGGAGGAGUCUGGACUAUCACAUUGUAGCCAAAAAAUAUACUCUUUCCCUCCCUGGGGCAGAUGGACGGACAGACUGACCUCAUCCCCCAUUUACUCCUCUGUCAGUAUUCACUUCCACGGAGUGCAAAUGCCCCAUCACACACGAAUGUAUCCAUGCCAGAGGUGGAGGGGCCUUGGGGGGCCUGUGGCCCCCUCGCCAUCCCUCACCCACGUGUCUUCUUUUUAUAUAAACAAAGGGAAAAAACACCCACAAAAAAAUAGCAACCAAAAAAAAUAGCAACCAAAAAAAAAAAAAAAAAAGAAAGGAAGGAAAAGCCCUCCAAGUUUACAGAGCAACUUGUUUCUUGUCCAAUUGGGUAGGAGAGAACGGGCAGGGGAGGAAGGUCACCCUCCUUGUCCCUCCACCUCGGGGUACAGCAGGACGGUGGGUGCCGGGUGGGAAAGGGGAAGCGUUCCCGUGCUACAGGGACUGGAGUGUUGGCGGCUGCCGUGAUUCACUCCCACGCGGGGUCUUGCGCAACCCUCGGCCUCUGCUUCCUCCCUCCUCCUUGCCAGCUCCCGCGGGACUGAGCGCUCCUGGGCUGUGGGUGGGCACUGGGGGAUCCCCCAGGGGUCUCCGAGGGUGUUGGGGUCCCGGAGACGCAAUACCAAAGAUGGGCCUGUUGAGGCGGGUGUUGGUGAGGUCUGGAGGGGGUUUAGGGGCUGUUUGGGGUUAUUUCGGUGGAGGGGUGGAUAAUUUAUUGCUCGUUUCUGUGUGGCGGAAUUGUAUCAUUUUAUGGUUCCACUGAGAAAAAAAAGAACCAAAAGCCA